CUGUAUCAACCCGAGUGUGCCCUGUAUACACCACAUUGUGCUAUAUCAGCCGUAUUACUCAAGAUGGCAUAAUUGCUACUAGGUUCAUAUUUGAGACGGAUAUAUAUUUUUCGAUCUAUUUUGCAUUGUGCGCUUUCCGUUUUAAAGUCACAUGACAUCCGUAUUUUCGACGGACAAAUUUAAAGCAAAAAACACGUCCGCUGUAGAAACUUCAGCAAUUGGCAUCUCGCCUGGACGAUGAUCGCUCCGCCCACUUAGUCACGUGGCUUAGCGGUUAGAAAACCUAGACAGGCUAACAACAAAGUGGGUUCUUUGCCUAUAGAUUGCCUAUUGAUUACACGAUUUUCCGGAUGAUUUGUAUGGACUUUAAUCUCAUCCUUUAUCACUGAAAGCCUGCUACCAUGACUACCGCAAUUGUCAUCAACCAACCCAAGGCCGGGAUGAUGGUGGGGUCGGUUCAAGGUCAUAGGGACUGGAACAGCGGAUUGUUUGGAUGCUGCUCUGACUGCAAAUCACUACUGCUGACAUAUUGCUGUCUUCCAUGUGCGAUAUGCACCGUCGCCAGUAAGGUUGGGGAGUGUAUGUGCAUGCCCUAUUUUGUUCCCGGGGGGCUUCUGGCCCUGAGGACCCGAAUCAGGACUCUGGGUGGAAUCAAAGGCUCCAUUUGCAUGGACUCGAUUGCCCUCACGUGCUGCCCAUUAUGUACGCUUUGUCAGAUGCAAAGUGAACUGCACGCCAUGGGCCUAUAAGCAACUCCCAAAAAUGGGCUCCACGAGGCAUCACGAAUUCAUCAUAUGAACUCGCAUUUAAAUAUCUUUAAGAGUAUACCGGACAUUUAUUUUUGAAAAGAUUUAUACAGUUAUUAAUAAGUUGACAAACAUGAACAAAGUGCAUCUUCACCUGAACCAUCAAGAGAGAUACGUGAUUGUAACACGUGGUCCAUUCUAAACAUUAAGCUCAACUAAGGCGGAUCUUUCUAGUUUAAAUCCUUUAAAGACUAUGUAUCUCUAUUUUGUCUCGUCAUAAGAUAUUUUCACUUGCUGUAAUAAUUUAAUGCAAUUGAAUCAUUGAGCUAAUAUUAAACAAUUCUACUGGACUGUUUUGUGUGCAUUAAAACCAAGCCUUGUAAUUUGGCCUUGUACAACCUUAUUGCGGCGUCAUCCUGCAUUGCACGACGAUGAUCUAAAUAUAAAAAUUGCAUGAGAAAUUUUAUAAUAAUUAAUUGUUUUGUUUAAACAUGUAUCAAACAUUUAUUAUAAUGCAUGUUUUAUACACAGUGUAUUUGUCAAUAUAAAUAAAUACUUUACUGAAAGAAGUUUAAAUAAACAUACUACAUGUGUAUAAUUAUUGUUAUAGAAUGGCGUAAACAAACAUCUUAUUCUAUAUCGACUUCUUUAAAAUCAUACAAAUAUAGCCUUGCGUUUUGCAAAUAUGUAAACUGCGAAACUUUUUUUUUCCAACAAAAGGCUUAGUGGAUUUAACAGUUUUACGCACAACUCUAGAAAUCAAUACAGUUCGUGUGCAUCCUUUUAGUUCUGCACAUUUUCAUUACAAAAGCAUGAACACUAAAAGGCCAUAUAUAACAUUUACUAUAGUAACUAUAUUGCAUUCUCUGUACGAGUACAUUUUAUAUCAUAUAAGUGUUGUUGUUUCCUAUCCUGAUAUAAAAUAUUUUAUAUCGA